GCCAGGAGGUACGGCGGAGGGUCGUGCGGGAGCUGAAGGGGCUGCAAGAUGGUGAGUAGGAGUUGAUGGGGGACCUCGCCGUCCCGUCUCAUCGCGCCUACACAGGCUCGAGAAAGAGAGAGCGCGCCGUCCCAAAUGGGAAACAAAAGAAAGCAAGAAAAUAUGCCACUAUGAAACGCACGAUCAGUCUCCGUGACCAGCGCCUCAAGGAGCAAGAUAGAGCAAAAGCUAAGAAGAAAAAGAAGGAUGAUCCAAGUGCUAUCAAAGAGAGAGAAGUCCCUCAAUAUCCCUCCUGUUUGUUCUUCCAAUAUAACACACAACUUGGGCCUCCCUACUACAUCUUGGUUGACACAAACUUUAUCAAUUUUUCCAUUAAAGCCAAACUGGACUUGGUGCAGUCAAUGAUGGAUUGCCUGUAUGCCAAAUGUAUUCCCUGUAUCACAGAUUGUGUCAUGGCAGAAAUUGAGAAGCUGGGACAGAAAUAUCGUGUGGCCUUAAGGAUAGCCAAAGACCCACGAUUUGAACGCUUGCCAUGCGCUCACAAAGGAACGUAUGCAGAUGACUGUUUGGUGCAGAGGGUGACUCAGCACAAAUGUUACAUAGUGGCUACUGUAGAUAGAGACCUCAAGCGGAGAAUACGGAAAAUUCCUGGAGUCCCUAUAAUGUAUAUAUCCAAUCACAGGUAUAACAUUGAAAGGAUGCCGGAUGACUAUGGAGCUCCUCGAUUUUAGCCUUACGUUGGAAAGAUUCGAAGAGAAGCCUGCUGGGUCCUAUUAUGAUAUUCCAGAACUCUUUGCUUGUUGCAAGGCUCACUUGUUUCUCAUUCUAAUAAAUUUUUUAUUCUAAUAAAUUGUUUCUCAUUCUAUAAAUCUAAUAAAUAAAUAAAUAAAAUUCACAUUCGGUUGUAUUGGAAACAGGGCUGAUUUAUGGAGUUCAUCUCUUCUUCCAGAAGAAAAUAUAUGCUGGAUUUGUUUCUUUGUUCCAGAAUAAAUAUUUGUGAUGGCUUAGGA